AUGGCAAUUGAAUUGAAAACACUUAAUGGAACAUGGAGUAUUGUACCAUUGCUUGCUAAUUCUCACACUGUUAGCUAUAAAUGGGUCUAUAAGACUAAGCUGAAUGCAAAAGGAGAAAUAGAGAGGUAUAAAGCCAAGUUGGUUGCCAAAGACUAUAGUCAAUUAGAUGUAGAUAAUGCAUUCUUACAUGGGGAGUUAAAUGAAGAAGCUUAUAUGGAAUUGCUUGAAGGUUACACAAUCAAGGGGAGGUAUUCAAAGGAUUCAAAAAUGGUAGGCAAACUACACAAAUCUCUUUAUGGUCUUAAACAAGUCUCAAGGCAGUGGAAUGCUAAGCUAACAUCAUCCAUUCUUCAGUAUGGUUUUAAGCAAUCAAUAUCAAAUUACUCAUCGUUCACUAUGAAUACAUCAAAUGGUGAGUUUGUAGCUUUGUUAAUAUAUAUUGAUGAUAUUUUGAUUGCCAGCAACUCUACACAAGCUGUAGCAGCUAUAAAGAGUCACCUCAAUUCACAGUUCAAGCUCAAGGACCUAGGUACUAUUAAAUAUUUCCUGGGACUUGAAAUAGCUCGAUCACCACAAGGCAUUUUAAUAUGCCAGAGAAAAUAUACUUUGAACCUACUGGAAGAGUAUGGUUUACUUGGAGCCAAGCUUAUAUCAACAUCUAUUAAUUAUAAUGUUAAGCUGAGAAGGAAAAGUAAAGAAGAAGAAGUAACAAAUCUUACAAGGUACAAACAACUUGUUGGGAAGCUACUCUACUUGACAUUCACAAGACUUUAUAUUUCUUAUGCAGUGCAGAGUUUAGCUCAAUUCAUGGACAAACCAACUAGUGAGUAUCACAUGGCAGCUUACAGGAUGCUGAAGUAUUUGAAAAGAGCACCAAGACAAGGAAUUUUGAUGAAAAGAAACUGUAAUUUAAGGAUUUCAACAUAUUGUGACAAUGACUGGGCAGGAUGUCUUGACACCAGAAGAUUUGUCGCUAGCUCCUGUGUGUUCAUUGGAGAAUCAUUAGUGAGUUGGAAGUCUGAGAAGCAAUAA